AUGCCAGACCCGCUCGGCGUGUUCACCGCCAAUCAAUCGGAAGACCAUUCUCAACAGCAAGCCAUUACAGGCACUCCGGCUGAGCAAAAUGAACAACGCAAAAGGCGCAAGGUUGCACAAGCGUGUGAUCUUUGUCGCUCGCGGAAGAGCCGCUGUGACGGCGUGAAACCCGUAUGCGGAGAAUGUGCACAGCGUCCUAACCUAAGGUCGCAAUGUCGUUACACUCCCAAUCCGAACAGAGUUCCAGAUCAUGAUGGAUACGUUUCAGGCUUGCUGUUGCGCAUCCGUGAGCUUGAGGCUCGAGAAUGCAAUAAUGACCACCUUUCAAGUUUGCGCGCACGUAUUCAGGAACUCGAAUCCCUGGAACGCGCGCGUGGAUCGGUCAACGCCGAUCCAGCAAGUCCCCAGGACAUCGGUGGUCGGGCCGAGCCAAGGGCUCCGAUGGUGGCAGAAAGCGCCUUGCGAGCUGUACCAUUGGCCUAUUCUACUGAACAACGUCCUGCGAGCGAGCCAUCCUCGGUCGACGCCAUGGGAGCAGACGGCUUUGAAUUUGUUGAGCGAGGGCAAGACAACUCCUUCUACGGCGGAUCGUCUGCCGUUUCUUUCAUGCAUCAGGUUCACGCCACAAUCGCUGGGCAAGUCCCCAUGUUGAACGUAGAACCAGUCGCUCUUCUCAAUACGUCUACAACAAGCAGUGCAUCCCGCACAAGGACUCCUUCGAAACAAGCAUAUCUUAGCCUCCCAUCGAGAGCCAUUGUCGACAAGGUAAUGAUUACCUACUGGGAAAAAGUCCACCAUCUAUAUCCAUUCGUGAAUAGAAUGGUAUUCGGGAAAGCUUAUGAUAACAUAUGGGUCCCGGAGGCCGCCAGAAAAGACCUUGAUCUUUCAGACGUGGGCAUGCUGGGGUCCAGAUCAUGCGGACAGGACGAUAUCGUAUUUCACUGUGCGCUUAACUCGAUGCUCGCUCUCGGCGUGCAGUUCAUGGACCUACCAUCAGACGAGAGAACAACACUUGGUGAUAUAUUUGCCGAUAAAGCGCGCAGCUUAUGUCAGCUCGACCUUUUCGAUAAUGGCUCGCUAGCGAUGGUGCAGUCCCUGUUGCUCAUGGCGCAAUACCUCCAAUCUACACCAUUUCCUAGCAGGUGCUGGAAUUGUAUCGGCAUCGCUUGUCGACUUGCACAGGGCUUGGGUCUACAUGUAGAGCCCAAAGAGGUACACCAAAUCUUUACUGCACUGGAUCUAGAGAUGCGCAGACGCGUUUGGCACGGUUGUGUCAUGCUCGAUGCCAUCGUUAGUAUGACUCUGGGCAGGCCACAGAUGCUUCGGGGGUCACUGCUUCUUCCGUGUCCCCGAAACAUGAAUGAUAAGGAUAUGACCUAUCUACCGGAACACCAUCCUUCAUGGCUGGACUUCUACAACGAAUCGAUCAAGCUCUACAGGAUCCUUGCAGAUGUCAUGUCUCAGAUAUAUGGCCAUUCGACUGGGCAAUCGGAGCAAAACAGCAAGGACAGCUUUGACAUCACUUUAGACAUUGAUGCACAAAUUACCCGAUUCGAAGCCCAGCAGGCUUGUAUCUUGCAAAUUCGCCGUACACACCUUCGCAUCCUGCUAUAUCGACCCAUAUUUGUUCGAUUCUGCGACCACGUCUGUAAACAAGGAUCAAAGCAGCCAGUGGCCGGGCCGUCAAGCUCUACCAGCUCAAUUGACAUCUCGUUGAGCAUUAUCCAAUCACUCGCUCAAGCUUGCGUUGUACAGUCCGUCCAAUUGAUAGACACCAUACACCAAAGUCUAACCUGUGACACCACCGGAGCUUGGUGGUACAGUGCUUUCUACGCUCGCGCUGCCGGCACGAUUGUCCUCUUAGCGAUCUUGUGUGAUGCACUCAGUGAGAGAACCGGAACCGAUGGUCUGAAGGCUGCUUGGGAACAAUGCGACUCCGUGUUUCAACUGCUGCGGGGUUAUAGUCCUGCGGUUGCAACACAACACCAAGGAUUAAGAGCUCUAUACCAUCGUAUAUGCAUUGUAGAGCACAAGCAUAAGCACAGAGGGAGCUCACCUGCCGCCAUACAUGUCGACGCGCCGACGAGUGCCCCCGAACAUUCUUUCUAUCUUGCUGACAACAUCUCCGAGGCUGCUUUCGCUAGCACAGACGAUUUUUACUGGCCCAUAGGCGCAGACUUCACUUUGAUCAACGACAUUCUUGGGAUCAACGCGUAA